AUCAUGUAAUAAACAUCUAUUAAAAAUCUCCCUUUUAACAUUUAUACAGUAAAUAUUGGUAUAAUAAUUAUUUUAGAUCACAAUGGCCAUGUCCAUGAGCUUGAGGCAAGGCUGUCCUCAUGGCACGAUGCAGAUUCGGUUAUCAUGUAUAUACAUAUACUAUGGCUGUUACACUUCAUCAGUACUAUGACAAAAGAUUACAUAGUCAAUGACAGCCUUUAAAAAUGAAAAGAUGGUAUAAAGUUUUAAUAUGGGAAAACCAUGAGUUGGAAAAUAGAACUAUGUGGGUGAUGAAGUGUAUAAUAAUAAUGAUGAGUAUUGAUAAGAAGAACACAUGUUCUACUUGGGUGGUUUCAAGUCAUUGUCAUACCAAGUGAAGUGAUUCAAACUAAGUGAUAUCAGUACUUGUAUUGGUUCUGUUUUCUUCCUGCGUGUGAAUACUUAUUUUUAUAUAUAGAAACAAAGGAGCAGGUAAUGAUAAAAUAUCAUAAUCCAGUUUUGGAAAUACAAAUAAAUGAGGAAUGUAUGAACUUUAAAAUUGUGUCAUUCUCCUAUAUAUCAUGAUAUAUAUAUUAUAAGCUAGCUCUAGAGAAUUCAUACUAUAUACUUUAAGUAAUUGUAUAGAUUAAAGCUUAUGCAAACCUUUGUCAACUUAAGCUGUGCAGCUCUAAUUUUCUUGUUUCAAGUAAUAUUACUACUGCUGCUGCUGCUACCAAACUUGGGUUUUGUAAACUACACAAGAGUAAGAAGAAUGGUUCAGCAGCUGGGAAUUAUAGUUGUAUUGACAUGUCUUUUUUCACUGUUGAAUUAUGGGGUUGAAAGUAGUGGAGGACUUUCUUAUAAUUUCUAUGAGAAAACAUGUCCACAAGUUGAGAAUAUUAUAAGAGAUGGUCUCAAACCUGUUUUCUCUUCUGAUAUUACUUCACCUGCUGCUUUGUUGAGGCUCAUGUUCCAUGAUUGCCAAGUUCAGGGCUGUGAUGCUUCUAUUCUGGUUGAUCAAGACAGCCAAAAAAAUGAUUCAUCAGAGAUGGCUUCAACUAAAAACUUUGCAAUCCGACAGAGGGAAACGAUAAGCCUUCUGAAGUCCAUGGUUGAAGUAGCAUGUCCUAACCAAGUUUCUUGUGCUGACAUUCUCAUCAUGGCAGCACGUGAGGCAGUAGCUACUUCUGGAGGGCCUCGUAUAGAGGUUCCCUUGGGAUGCAGAGACUCCUCGAGCACUCCAAGCUACGAACUCGCCAAUGCUCUUCUUCCUCCUUCCACCAUUGGAGUUGAAGAACUGCUUCAGAUUUUUGUCAACAAAGGAAUGUCAGUUGAAGAAUCUGUUGCCAUUAUGGGUUCACACACACUGGGAGUAACACACUGUUUGAAUAUCAAGAAUCGUCUUUACGAAGGCGAAGAGGGUCCAAUAACAGGAAUGGAACAUGGGUUUGAAGCGUUUUUAAGAUUAAGUUGUCCUAAUAAUGAGGAAUCAAUGAUGAGUAAGUCGAGGUUUGUGUUGAAUGACCCAACAGCACUUGGGUUUGACAAUUUGUACUACAUUAACGCAAUGAGUGGACAUGGGUUGCUGAGAAUAGAUGCGGAGAUGGUAAUGGACAGUCGUACGACAAACUUUGUUCGUCGUUUUGGUUCUGACCAAGAAGCUUUCUUUCAAGCCUUCGCUUCUGCUUUUGUUAAGCUGUCCAGUUAUGGUGUUCUGGUUGGGAAGAAUGGUGUUAUUAGAAAGAGAUGUGAUGUUGUAGAUUAAGAUUAAGAUUAAGAUUAAGAUUGAAUUGAAGUGUAUGUGUUUGUGUUUUAUUUAAGAUUUUAGUUUAAAAUUAGGUGUCUUUGUGUUCAGUGGUUUUUUAAGAUUGACCUCAUCUUAUUUGAGGAUUAUGUUUAUGGGAUAGAGAUUCAAAUUGGUAAAUUUCGAAUUUAAUAUAUCUAUUUUAUAUAAA